AUGGAUCAACCGUCAACAAGUGAUUCAAAUCUCUCAACAGAUGAAUUCCUUUCACUUCCAUGGCAUAUCAAAAGAGAAAUCCUCUCGAAUCUUUCUCCAUGGGAUCUCAUUCGAUUUGCCGACUCCCAUCCACAAUUUGAACGUCUUGUUUUGAAUCAACCAAAGAAAUUCCAUCUUUUGAAUCAACCGUCAAAUUUGGAAAUCGAUCAAAAAGGAAGUCGACAAUAUUAUUCAAUGGAUUUCUAUGAGUUCAAAAACGAGCAUCAUCAAAAGCACACAAUAAAAGAAAGCGAAAACGAGUUUCAUUAUGUUGAAUUCUACAAAGGAGAUUACGAAGAAGCUGUCAAGAAAUGGAGAACAAAAGCAUAUAAACUAUUGCUUUCAAAUUGUUCACUUCAACAGGUUUCUUCUCCAACAGAAGAAAUGAUCAAUUGGAGUUUCGAGGUCAAAGAACUUCAUGAAGUAACAAUCAAAGAUGUAUCAAUAAUCGAGAAAAUGAUCGAAAAACUCAACUCCUCGUCGUUGGAGUUGGAAGAAACAGUGACACGUUGUGAGCAAAUCGAAGAUGGCUGGGUGAUUGAUGUUGACCUUUUUACACAGAUCAUCACUUCUCCAAAAAUCCGCUCACUUGAAUGUUUUUCAAUUUGGUGUCCACCAAUGUGUCUCCACAAUUUUAUUGAGUUGAAAAUCCCAAAAAUGAUGAUCAGAUUCCCGGAAAGAGACGAUUUCUCUGGAUUCUGUCUCUCUUUUAUGGAACAAGUGAUCAAGCAAUGGGAAAAUGAUGAACGAGAGAUCGAUAUGAUUGUGCUUCGAGUGCCCUUUGAGAGUGACGAUGGAGAGGAUGAGAAUGAAAAUAUUAGAAAUUUCGAGAUCAACGAAAUGGCUCAUCAACUGGCUUUCGGACGAUUGGGAACAUUUGAGGAUCGGACGAUCGAUCGACGAUUCAAGCUCAUUCAAAGAGCGAGUGAUGGUGAAGGCCUUCUGAUCGUGACCGGCGCGCUCACGAUGGCGCUCAUUCGAUGUGACUACAAAAUAAGAAGAAAACGUGGUCUUGGUUCAAUGAAAGCUGAUGAAGAGUUUAUGGAAAGAGUGAUACUUCACUUCAGAAAUCUCAAAACUUUGCGUAAAAAUAUGGAUGAGAGUCGGAAGAGGGGACCCGAGUUGGAAUCUGCUAUUGAAGACGUUGAUCAGAGUAUGUUCACUAUGUUCGGAAUUGAGCCGACUGAAGUAAUCGAGGAAAUCGAUGAAAUCGAUGAAGAAAAAGAACGCGAAGAAAAAUGGAAACAAGACAUUGAGCGGAUGGAGAUCUCGUAUAAAAACCAAGAGCUGAAUCUUUUGCAAGCACUCAAAAAUAUCAUUGAUUAUCGAAAAGGGAUCCCGCGAAGAGAAUUGGCUAUUGAUCAGCUUUGGGACGAAAAGGCGACAAAGAUUAAUUUGAAUUUGAUUCAUGAGAUCAACACUGGUUUCUAUUUGAACUCUUAUCCGAGUAUCUUGGUGCAUUCUCGUUCCGAGACAUGCACUGACGAGUUCGUCGCUGAAUACAUUCGAAUCGGGAAAAUCCCGAAUCUCGACGAUUUCAAAUGGAUA